GAGGCAGACCGUGUUGUGGUGUUUUAAGUUAUAUACGUGGCUUUAACUCUGUAGUCAGAUUUAAGGAAACAGAUCUGCCAGCAUCCAUCCAUUACAGACAGCUGGUCUUGUUGUAUUGAAGAGGAGAGUUGGUAGUGGUGUGAUGGAUAAAGAGAAAUUACCUGUGUACCAUGGAGCCAUCAGCAAGGAGGAGGGGGAGUUGAGGCUAUGGAAAGAUGGAAGGGAUGGCAGCUACCUGAUACGCAACAGUGAGAGUCGAGAUGGGGUCUACUGCCUCUGUGUGUUGCUUUUUAUGGAUGGAGAAGGAUCCUGGACAGCAGAGACUGCUGCUGGUGUGGAGAGGCGAUACUUUCGGAAAAUUAAGAACUUGAUUUCAGCUUUCCAGAAACCUGACCAAGGCAUCGCUACGCAUCUCCUUUACCCGGUAACUGUGCAGAUCAACAGAAACCCUGAUGGCAUGAAGAAAAAAAACACCCUAGCAGCCCGCCAUCAACUCCCAGCCCUGUUAACCCUUAUUAACAGUAGACACCAGUUAGAGGACAGCCCGCCAUCAACUCCCAGCCCUGUUACCUCCAAUCAACAGUAGACACCAGUUAGAGGACAGCCCGCCAUCAACUCCCAGCCCUGUUACCUCUUAUCAACAGUAGACACCAGUUAGAGGACAGCCCGCCAUCAACUCACAUCCUGUUAACUCUUACCAAAAGUGGUGUAGAGGACCUGAACACAGGAGUAUCCAGAGACAUAGAGAGAGGGGCAGGGCUUCUCUUACAUGUUCAUAAUUUUAGAGCAAUACAUUUGUUCUGUCUUCUGACUUUGUUCUGUCUUCUGACUGAAAUAGACUGCAUACAUAUGUGCUGAUGUUGACAGUCUUAUAGGUUGCUGAAGUAAGCUAAUUAAUACAUCCUAUGUCCAUACAGAAGUCAUAAAUCAGAACAUGGUGCUCUGUUGACAUGUUUGGUUGUUGUAUAAUUUUUCUCAAAUAAGAAAGCAACCAAAAACCAUAUAUGAUGUUACUGCAGAAACUGACUAGAGCAGCAGACAACAACUGAAACAAUGUGAAAAAAACACAAGCACAAAUAAAUAUCAUUAAUGAAAUCAUGACUGAAAUGUCUUUGUCAGUGGACAGCCUGAGGGAUGAUUAAUUUGCAAAAUUAAAAAUGCAUCUACAAUAUU